ACUUUUUUUUUUUUCCUUUUUCUUUUUUUUUUUUUUGGAGCUGGGGACCGAACCCAGGGCCUUGCGCUUGCUAUGCAAGCGCUCUACCACUGAGCUAAAUCCCCAACCCCCUGGUCUCUAACUUUUGGUAUCUAACAAAAGGAGUAGCUAGAAUUAAUUACCUUGCCAGGCUGUCUUUCAAGGAAUUUUAUGUAAGUAUGUAUUUUGGAAUAGAAGUAGGAGAGCUUUUCUUUCAAAGGGCUUCUUCAGAGGAAGUUAAUAUUUUAGGCAUUGUUUCUCUCAGUAUUAUUCAACUCUGCCUUGGUUCCUACCUCCAAAACAGCUGCAGAUUUUAUAUAUAUUAGGUGCAAAAAUGAUCAGUGUAUGUAUAUCUGAUAUAUAUGAUAAAACUUUAUUUUAAAAGCUCAACUCAGAGCCUAGGAUAGUUUUCUGUUUUAAAGAAAAAUUUUAAGCUAGACAUGAUGGUACAUGCUUUUAAUAGCACUUGGAAGGCAGAGAUAGCUCUCUGUGAGUUCCUAGACAGACAGGGUUAUAUAGAGAGGGGUUACAUUUUUCCUUUCUUAAAAAACAAAAUAAUAACAAUAACAAAAAUCUUUUUUAGGAGCUGGAAAGAUGGCUUAGUGGUUAAGAUCAUUUACUGCUCUGACAGAGAAUCUGAAUUCUAUUCCUACUAACCAUAUUGGAUAGCUUGGUUAUGAGGUCCUAAACCCCAGCCCCAGGGUAUUCAAUGUCCUCGUCUCACUUUUAGGGGCAGUUGCACCCAUGUGUAUAUACUUUACAGUGACAUGCAUUCAUACAUAUAAUUAAAAAAUAGAAAUAGAAUCUGGAGAGAUAGCUUAGCAGUUAAAAGCACUGGACCCUGGUUCAAAUCCUAGCCACCUAUAUGGUGGCUAACAGCUCUCUAUAACUCCAUUUCUAGGGGAUCUGAUGCUGUCUUCUGGCUUCUUCAGGCAACACAUAUGGUACAUAGAAUUACAUGCAGACAAACCACCUUUACACAUAAAGAAGUAAACUUUUAAAAAACAAAGGUAAACUUUUAAAAAGUUUAAAAUGAUACUUAAUUUGAAAAUGCUACCUCCUUUCCUUUUAGAUUUUCCUAAAACUUCUAAAGAUUUAAAAGAUUUUUUUUUUUUUUUUUUUUUUUUUUGGUUCUUUUUUUCGGAGCUGGGGACCGAACCCAGGGCCUUGCGCUUCCUAGGUAAGCGCUCUACCACUGAGCCAAAUCCCCAACCCCGAUUUAAAAGAUUUUUAAAUAUUGGAUUUAAUUUUCUUAUUACAGUUAUUUGUGUGCUGUAUGUGUGCAUACACAUGUCACUUCACAUCUGUGGAGGUUACAGGACAAUUUGUGAAUCAGUUUUCUUCAUCCACCACAUGGGUCCUGGGGAUUAAACUCAUUUGCCAGGCUUGAUGGCAAGUACCUUUACUCCUAGUCAUGUCUGAGCCACGUCCUCAAACCCUUGGAUAUUGGCUAUUUUAAUUUGUUGUUUUGGUUUUGAGACAGGGUCCCAUAUAUGCCAGGCUGUUCUUAGACUUACUCUGUAGCCAUGAUGGGUCUUGCUCCCCCUCCCUGAUCCUUUUAAGUUCCCCCUCUGAAAGCUAGAAUUAUUAUGCAUGUACCAUCAUACUCAUCACUUGUGGUUUUCUGUGUUUGGGGGUGGGGGCUGGGUUUCUUUGCUUUAUUGUUUUGAGACAAGGUCUUCCUAUGUAUUUCUGGCUGUCUGGAGCUAGCCAUGUAGAUCAGGAUGGCUUUAAACACAAGACGAUCCUCCUACCUCUGUCUCCUGAGUGCUGGAAUUAAUGGAAUACACUGUCUUACUGGGUGUUUUGUUUUGUUUUGUUUUGACAAAGAUUCCCACUCAGAAGCCCAGCCUGGCCUUUGAAUUCAGCAGCAGUUCUCCUGCCUCAGCCUUGUAAGUGCUGGGAUCACAGAUCUGUACCACUUUUAAUGUAUUUUAUUUGACAGGGUUUCAAACACCAAGGCUCAGGCUGCUCAUGGCAGCCUUCUUGGCCUCAGUCUUACUUACAUUGGUGGGACAUCAAUUUUAUUUUAAAAUAAUUUCAACAUGCAGAAAAAUUGCAAAAACAAUAAAAGAAUUCUCAAAUGCUCUUUGCUUACAUUCUCUAAAUGUUUGCAUUUUGUCACAUCUGUUAUAUUAUUCUCUUUUGUUGUACCUAUAUCUGAAUUGAUUAUUCUUUUAUGGUUGACUAUUGUUAUAUUCAUAUUUUUACAUUUGUUAAGUUUUUAAAAAAAUAUUGAAUCAUCUCACAUUUGUUUGAUAGAGAAGUGGCCUUUGGGCUUUUUAAAAAGCAUGCUGUUAUUGGUGAAAGGCUUUUAAGUAGCCCUUGUGUAAUUUACACACAUGGCUAUACAUAAAGCACAAAUUAAAGUGUUUUCUUCCUGAUCUCCAGUAAUUCAAGGUAUCAUGGCCCUUGUUCUUCACUUAGCCACUACUGGUACGGAAGAUAAAGUAGGCUAGCUGUUAGAGAAAAGAGGGUUGGUUUGUUUGUUUGUGUCAGAGUUUUGGUGACUCUAUAAAAUAUUUCUACAUUGAGAUUACAGGUCAAAAGGAAAUGGCAACUUUAAACUUGAACAAAUUUUACUGAACCUUCAGUCCUUCCUGAUUUCAUAUUAUCAAAUUGUGUGAUAGAUUAUUAAGUCAGAUUAUAUUUGUGUGUGCCAGAGCAGAAGGUAGAGCACAGCUGCUACCCUGGUCCACUUACUCAUGCCAUUUUCCAUCCCUUCCCCUGCACAUAGUUGGUACUAGGAUGGAGAAUGCUUUGAGGAUCCUAGGCAUGCGAGUGGUAAUGUCUGUUUAUCUCAUAUCUCUGGUUCAUUCUUUAAUACACUCCAAUUGGUCAGACCUAUUUUUAUUCCUUGCAGAGAAUUUGUUUCAUCAGUGAUUUAUAUAUGUGAAGAAGUGUUGCCCAUCUGGAUUGACUCUCUUGAUUUCAAGUAUUUCCCUCCCUCUUCCUCUCCCUCUCUCCCUCGCUCCCUUUCUCUCCCUUUCUCCCUUUCUCUCCCUCUCUCCCUUUCUCUCCCUCUCUCCCUCUCUCCCUCUCUCCCUCUCUCCCUUCCUCUCCCUCUCUCCCUCUCUCCCUUUCUCUCCCUUUCUCUCCCUCUUCUCCCUUUCUCUCCCUCUCUCCCUCUCUCCCUUUCUCUCCCUCUCUCCCUCUCUCCCUUUCUCUCCCUCUCUCCCUCUCUCUCUCCCUUUCUCUCCCUCUCUCCCUCUCUCCCUUCCUCUCCCUCUCUCCCUCUCUCCCUCUCUCCCUUUCUCUCCCUCUCUCCCUUCCUCUCCCUCUCUCCCUCUCUCCCUUUCUCUCCCUCUCUCCCUCUCUCCCCCUCUCUCCCCCUCUCUCUCCCUCUCUCCCUCUCUCCCUCUCUCCCUUUCUCUCCCUCUCUCCCUUUCUCUCCCUCUUCCCUUUCUCUCCCUCUCUCCCUCUCUCCCUUUCUCUCCCUCUCUCCCUUUCUCUCCCUCUCUCCCUCUCCCCCUUUCUCUCCCUCUUCCCUUUCUCUCCCUCUCUCCCUUUCUCUCCCUCUUCCCUUUCUCUCCCUCUCUCCCUCUCUCCCUUUCUCUCCCUCUCUCCCUUUCUCUCCCUCUCUCCCUCUCCCCCUUUCUCUCCCUCUUCCCUUUCUCUCCCUCUCUCCCUUUCUCUCCCUCUCUCCCUCUUUCCCUCCCCUUUCUCUCCCUUCCCUUCUCUCCUUCCCCCUUCCCCCUCUCCCCCUACCCCAACACACACUCUUACACAUGUACAUAUAAACAUUGACUGGUCAAUUUUUUGCAUUGUUUGUUGGUACAAAGCUUAACAUUUUGAUGCUAUUCUGAUUAUAAGAAGUCUUCCUGAUUAAAAUAGAAAGUUAGGAUGGGAACUGGAAUAUGUAAGAUAUCAAAUGGAGUCACUAAAAUUGACGUCUAAUCUAGAUUGUUCUAAGUUUAGGAAUCUUCUUUUAGCAUCCCUGAUAAACCUUCUUAUUUCCCUCUGAGCUCUGUCACUGCCUUGACAUAGUUGGUAGUGGGCAAUAUUUGUUUUAUAACUUAUCCAGUUCACAAAGCAGGUCACUCUGAAAGCCUUCUCACCAAAGGCUUUCUGCUUUACUAAGCAUCUAUUUAGAGUCAGGAAUACUCAGCAUCACUUGAAGAGCACUUGAGUUUUGGGUUCUAAAGGCAGGCAGCUAUUCCUAGACCUUGUUUCAUUCUUCAGUUCUUACCCUGCUCUUGGGGAAUGAUGUUAUUAGUACUAUAUGGGUAAAAUAGGUUGGUCAAUGGGUUUUAAGUUUUAUAGCUUAGAACAAAAAGGUUUCAUUAGGAUAUGAAUAAUCCCAACACUUCGAGGCCAGAAACCGGAAUAGUUUUCAUUCUGGGCCAGCAUGUCUCAAACAAGGGGGAAAAAGUGCUGUUGUAGAGGGGGUUAAUUAUAAUAACAUAUAAUAUACUGUAUAUUUUAAGAAACUGGAAAAAAUUCACAGUUUUCAAUAUAAAUGAUAAAGUAUUUGAGGAAAUAAACAGGUUUUUCCUGUAUGUUUUUAUGUGUCAGUUAAGAAAUAAGGCUUUAACUACCCAAAGACUGUACAUGGACUGACCCUGGACUCUGACCUCAUAGGUAGCAAUGAAUAGCCUAGUAAGAGCACCAGUGGAAGGGGAAGCCCUGGGUCCUGACAAGACUGAACACCUAGUGAACGUGAUUGUUUUGGGGAGGGUGGUAAUGGGGGAGGAUGGGGAGGGGAACACCCAUAUAGAAGGCAAGGGGGAGGGGAUAGGGGGAUGUUGACCUGGAAACCAGGAAAGGGAACAACAAUUGAAAUGUAAAUAAGAAAUACCCAAUUUAAUAAAGAUGGAGGGAAAAAUAAUAAAAAUAAAAAAUAAAAAGAAGAAAUAAGGCUUUAUAAAGAGGAAAUAAAUGACUUGCACAACAGCCUUCUUAAAAACUGACUUUCCCUAACCAUCACAAUGUUUUGCAUUUGACAUGAAACUUUUUUUUUUUUUUUUGGUUCUUUUUUUCGGAGCUGGGAACCGAACCCAGGGCCUUGUGCUUCCUAGGAGGCUGCUGGAGUCUUCCCUCAUUUCAUUAUCCCGUUAUGAUGGAGCAGGAUCCAGAGAGCACCCAAUUUACCCAGACCCAGCGAGAUUAUCUCCUGCUGCAUACUACGCCCAGAGGAUGAUCCAGUAUCUCUCAAGGAGAGACAGUAUUCGCCAGCGCUCCAUGCGCUACCAACAGAAUCGGCUUCGUUCUUCCACCUCCUCUUCUUCCUCAGACAACCAGGGUCCAUCAGUAGAGGGAACCGACUUGGAAUUUGAGGACUUUGAGGACAAUGGUGACAGAUCUAGGCACCGAGCUCCCCGAAAUGCCCGAAUGUCUGCACCAUCACUUGGACGCUUUGUCCCAAGGCGUUUUUUGCUGCCUGAGUACUUGCCUUAUGCUGGGAUUUUUCAUGAGCGUGGACAGCCUGGCUUGGCUACUCAUUCUUCUGUUAACAGGGUCCUGGCAGGGGCAGUAAUUGGAGAUGGACAGUCUGCUGUGGCCAGUAACAUUGCCAAUACUACCUACAGGCUCCAGUGGUGGGACUUCACCAAGUUUGACCUUCCAGAAAUCAGUAAUGCCUCCGUGAAUGUCCUGGUACAGAACUGCAAGAUCUACAAUGAUGCCAGCUGUGACAUUUCUGCAGAUGGCCAGCUCCUGGCAGCUUUCAUCCCGAGUAGCCAGAGGGGCUUUCCUGAUGAAGGCAUCCUGGCAGUGUAUUCCCUGGCCCCCCAUAACUUGGGGGAAAUGCUCUACACCAAGCGAUUUGGUCCCAAUGCCAUUUCUGUAAGCCUGUCCCCAAUGGGCCGAUACGUUAUGGUGGGCUUGGCCUCACGAAGGAUCCUGCUGCACCCCUCUACAGAGCACAUGGUAGCCCAGGUCUUCAGGCUGCAGCAGGCCCAUGGUGGUGAGACUUCCAUGAGGAGAGUUUUCAACGUCCUUUACCCCAUGCCUGCGGACCAGCGGAGACACGUCAGCAUCAACUCUGCCCGCUGGCUACCUGAGCCAGGGCUCGGUUUGGCCUAUGGCACCAACAAAGGAGACCUGGUGAUCUGCCGACCAGAGGCCUUAAACUCUGGCAUUGAGUACUACUGGGACCAGCUAAAUGAAACGGUCUUCACUGUCCACUCAAGUAGCAGGAGCAGCGAGCGGCCUGGAACCAGCAGAGCCACAUGGCGGACAGACAGAGACAUGGGCUUGAUGAAUGCAAUUGGGCUGCAACCUCGGAACCCUACCACCUCUGUGACAUCUCAGGGCACCCAGACUCUGGCCCUCCAGUUGCAGAAUGCUGAAACACAGACUGAGAGGGAGGAAGAGGAACCAGGGACAGCAUCCUCAGGUCCUGGUGAAGGCGAGGGCUCGGAAUAUGGUGGCAGUGGGGAAGAUGCCCUCAGCCGGAUCCAGAGGCUAAUGGCCGAGGGUGGCAUGACAGCUGUGGUACAGCGAGAACAGAGUACCACCAUGGCCUCCAUGGGUGGCUUCGGCAACAACAUCAUCGUUAGCCACCGCAUUCACCGCAGCUCCCAGACAGGCACAGAGUCAGGGGCUGCUCGUACCUCCUCACCCCAGCCCUCCACCUCUCGAGGACUACUCUCAGAACCUGGGCAACUGGCAGAGCGAGGACUAAGCCCCCGGACAGCCUCCUGGGACCAGCCUAGUACCUCUGGAAGGGAACUACCCCAGCCAGCCCUGUCCUCUUCCUCCCCUGUCCCCAUUCCAGUCCCCCUUGCCAGCAAUGAGGGACCAACCAUGCACUGCAAUGUGACCAAUAACAGUCACCUUCCUGAGGGUGAUAGUAGCAAUGUGGGGGAAGCUGCAGGCCCUAGUGGGGAGCCACGGAACCGAUAGAGACAAAACCAGGUACUGGUACCUCCCUCAAGCUGCUGAGCAGGAGCAGGACCUCACGGCUGGCUGGGAACUGGACACAGAAGAGCUGAUGCUUGCAUCCAGGAACAGGAGCAAUGAGAGGGUGGGGCAGUGGGUAAGGGGCAGUCCAACUGGCAAGGCUGGCCUGGGAUACUAGAGCCUUCCAUGAUCUAGAGCCCAGAAGAGCCUCACUGCUGAACCUGGUGUGAAUGAAGAAGCAAGUGGGUAUCUCUGCUAUGAGCCCCAUUUCUCCUAGGAUCACUGACCUAGGGGACUCAACCCUGGGCAUGAGCCCCAGAAGAGCGAAGUCUUCCAGAGCUAGACCACACCAUCCUGGACAGAAUGGUGGGACAGUUCUUCUCCGCCCACUACUGGAGGGAAGAGCCACCAGGAGCAGAGGAGCAGCGCCCCCCCCCCCCCAAUUGCUUCCAUCUUUAAAACUUCCAGAGUUCCAGCCUCUCACAUCCUCUUAGCCCACAGAGACGGAAAGGUCAAGCCCAGCUUCCAUGCCAGUGACUUGUUACACUCACGAGUGCGACACCUGUGGAGUGAAGGAGAUAGCCUACUUGACUGACACAGGAUGGAGUCGAUACACGGUGGUGGACAGGUCCUCAGGAGUGGGGGGGGUGUAGGCUGGCCCGCCCCCAGCAUGUCCACCAAGCUCCCCCCUUCCACAAGACCCUCCGUGCAGCACCUAUGGGUGUCAGUAUUACCUAAGCAUAGGCCAAAGCCAGCCCAAGGUUGGAGGGAGGAGAUUCCAGGUCAGAAUGUGAGGUCUUGGUCUGUGACUUGAGGUGUUGCAUGUGGAAUCCUGAACUGUACGUGUAGUUUUUAGUGGAGAAAUCAAGGCUCUGAUCAUUUUGUUUUUAGUAUGAAAAUGUGAUUUCCUUUCUGUUUGUCACUCAUCAUAGAAACAUUGUGGUGGGAGGAGAGGGGACAGUCUACUGCUAAUGAGGGAGACACCAAAGAUCUACAUCAUUAAAAUGAUGACAUGCCCCUCA